AUGAGUAACACAAACAGCACUAAUGGAUACAGCACCCAGCCUGUCAUUUUCAUACUGAAUGGCUUUCCUAGUUCUCAGAAAUAUAAAUAUUUGCUCUUUGUGCCAUUUUUCAUUAUCUAUGUUGCUGUUUGUUUUGGGAAUCUCAGCAUCAUUUUUGUAAUUAAGGCAGAAAGAGCAUUGCAUUCUCCUAUGUACUUUUGCAUUUGUAGUUUGGCGCUGGUAGACAUUUCUAUUGUAACAACCUUCAUGCCUAGAAUGCUACUAAUAUUUUUGUUGGAUAUAAGAGAGAUUUCGUUCUCUGAAUGUCUUGCACAACUUUUCUUUGUUCAUUUUUUCGCAGCUUUGGAAACAGCAGUCUUGCUAACAAUGUCAAUAGACCGCUAUGUAGCAAUAUGUAACCCACUGAGGUAUUCAGCUAUUAUGACAAACACAACACUUGCACUUAUGUUAACAUUUGGCAUUCUAAGAAGUUUUGUGGCAGUAGGAAUAAUCGUAUUUCUUGCCAGCCGUUUAUCUUACUGUACCAAUAAUAUCAUUGUACAUUGUUAUUGUGAACACAUGGCAGUUGUUCAACUAUCCUGUGGGAAUUUUGCAUUAAAUAGUAUCAUGGGCUUAGUCAUUGGAUUUUCAAUACUAAUAUUUGACCUUGUUUGCAUCUGCACUUCUUAUUUCAGAGUUGUUCUCUCCUUAGUGAAAGUUACAUCAAAGGAAGCCCGGAUGAAAGCAUUUAAUACUUGCAGUGGCCAUAUAAUAGUUAUUUUGCUAUCCUACCUUUCAGCUGCUACGUCAUACAUUAUCUAUAGAGUUGGAAAAUCCCUCCCUCAGGACGUACAUGUAGCCGUGUCUAUUAUGUACAUCAGUAUUCCAGCCAUGGCUAAUCCAGUUGUCUAUGGAGUUAGAACAAAAGAAAUUAGACAAAGCAUAAUCCAGAUGUUUAGAAGAGUAUGGUUCAGCAAUUCAAGAGCUCUGCCAUGA